GCGGAACCCCAGAAAGAAAAGGAACCAAUUGUAAAUGCUACACGGAAGAAUUUAAAUGACGCACAAGAUGGACGUCAAAUGUGGAAACAUACAACAUCGCGGAAGAUAUUUUUUUAAAACAAAGUCCAUUUUAGAUUGUUUUUUAAAACAAGUUUUUGACGUUGUUGCAUCGUUUGUUUUCCUAUUCAUUAACAAUAAGUAGCGUGACAGUAAGAGGAUGGCGGCUAAACCCGAGACUUCUCAGAGCAUCAUGUCCAAAAAUGUAAAAACAACAACAGCUGAAGAAGAGGUGGCGUUGGAAGGCGACCUGUGUGCACGUGUCCCCGGGCGGACGAAGACCUCCACCCCGGAGGACCUGGACGGACUCGGCGGGGAGAGGGCUCUGGUGUCCGACUUCAGGCUGAUGAAGUUGGAGAGAGAAGCGCAGAAAAACUGGGACUUGUUUUACAAAAGAAACGCCACAAACUUCUUCAAGGACAGACACUGGACCACCAGAGAAUUUGAAGAGCUCAGAGCCUGCAGAGAGUUUGAGUCCCAGAGGCUGGUGCUGCUGGAGGCCGGCUGCGGUGUAGGGAACUGCAUCUUCCCUCUGCUGGAGGACGACCUCAACAUGUUUGUCUACGCCUGCGACUUCUCACCACGAGCUGUCGAAUUUGUCAAACAAAAUCCUCUGUACUGCCCCGAGCGCUGUUGUGCCUUCCAGUGUGACCUAACUAAAGACGAUAUGCGGGACAAUGUCCCCGAGGGCAGCGUGGACGUCGUCACCCUCAUCUUCGUCCUGUCGGCCAUCCACCCUGACAAGAUGAAGCUGGCUCUGCAGAACAUCAGCAGGGUGCUGAAGCCCGGUGGCGUCGUCCUCUUCAGGGACUACGGCCUGCACGACCACGCCAUGCUCCGGUUCAAAGCCGGCAGCAAGCUGGGGGACAACUUCUACGUCCGCCAAGACGGGACCAGGUCCUACUUCUUCUCUACAGAGUUCCUGGCUGAGCUGUUUGCGGACACGGGCCUCCAAUCUGUUUCUAACGACUACGUCCUGAGAGAGACGGUCAACAAAAAGGAGGGGCUCUGUGUUCCCCGAGUGUUCCUGCAGAGCAAGUUCACCAAGCCCGUCCAAUCACAGAGCUCCUGAUGUCACUCGGCCCGUAUCUAUUACUUCAUAAACCAUGCGAGACACUGAUAUGUCCAGUUGAAAUAGGAUGGCAAAAGACAAAUACGAUCCCUUGGGGGAAUGUGUUGCCCUAACGUUGCCUGGUUUCCUCCACGCUGAUGUUUUGGAGUCCUUCAGACCCCGAGGGAGAGGCAGCUGGUUACGAGACCUUAACAAUGCCUAAACCCACUUAAUCAGCUGAUGCACUUUAACAGAUAAAGACUGCUGCGCUGGGACACUUACAGGUGGAAAUAUGUGAAACCAAGGGGAAGAUUUAAACACACAAUGCUACACGGAGCAUGACUGUUCUGCAAGGACCAAAGCUGGAUGAAUGGGGAACCCCAGUGAAUACUAUUUCCUGUUUCACAUCAAUUUAAUUCACAAUUCAUGGCCCUCAACUAACUUUGAUCAUCCUUUAGCAUGACUCUGUUAGCCAAACUGGUAUUUUGAUUG